AUGUCAAAUUCAAGGUCACAACCCCGUAACAGUUCCCCACCAGGUACACUUGCCUCAGCAUCUCGAAACAAGAGAUUCUUUCAGACUCUUCACAACCCAAAUAUCAAGCAAAAUGAAAGAGAAAGUAAUCCACUGGUCUCUCGGGAACCUGACUUUUUCAGUCCGGAAGGAGCGUGCCACAAGAUUUACUGGUCAGAUUGCAUAGCUCAAAUGGCGAUGGAUAUAUUAGAAAGACAAAAAGCUGUAACUGCCUGCGAAUUCGAUUUUCUCAAACCGAAGCUAGUCGAGUACACAUUCACAGUAUGCGUUCGUUUACGUCUACCAAAUGAAGUUCGAUUCACAGCAGCCCUAAUUCUGAAUAUGUAUCUUACUCGUCAACUCUGCGGCCUUCAUGAGUUCAUUGGUCAACAAGCUUUCGAUGUUCAAAAGAAAAAUAGGGAGUGGGAUCGAAUGGAAACGAAUAUGGAAAGACAAAUCCCUCUUCGAAUUCUUACUGCCAUACAAAUUAGUACCAAAAUACAUAGUUAUCAUGAUAGUUUAUCCUCUCGACAAGUUGUGAACACGUUAAGAGUAGUUGGUGUUCCCUAUAAUAUGUCAGCUGUCAUGGAAUCAGAGCAGAGGGUUUUCAAAUUAAUCGGUCAUAGUAUACCAGAUAGUCCUCUAGAAGCAUGUGAAAUGGCUCUGAAAGUUCUAACAUAUACUCUGAAUAAGCGAGGAAUGGAGGAAGCAUCGAGGCACGAUGAUCUGUGGCAGCAUUGUCUCAUAGUUCUCGAUGUCUGUUUUAUUAAUCACAUAGAGCUUUAUGAUAGGUUUAUACGAAAAUGCCCGUUCAUUCUGAAAGAAGGAGAUGAAAAACGGUAA